AUGGCGCAUCUCCUCUCAGAUCCCCUCUCAUCCCCAGCGGGGAUGUACCUGCGUCCUCACCUUUUCGGACCCCUCCAAACUGUCCUCUGUGGUCUGAUCCUCUUAGUUUCGACUCCAGUCGGCUGUGCCUUCUUCCCCCAAAUGACUCCAGUCCAAGUCUCAAAACUUGAACCAGAGCUUCAAGCGAAAAUCAACGCUUUGCCAAAUCCACCAACAACGGUUUACUGCAACAAGGGACUGUGA